CUCGGGAAGAUCCAGCCCUGCGCGAGCGGGGCAGAGGCUGCGGGAAGGCCAGAGCCCUGCCCGAGCUCCCGGGGAAGGAUGUCUGCCUGCCUGCAGCAAGGCGUCCAGCCUAGGGAGGGCAAACCGCUCCCCUGCUCCUUCUCAAUCGAGAGCAUCCUAGGACCGGACCUGGAGAAAGACUGUGUCCCGUCCCUGAGGUUUCACAGGCCCUGGGCGGAUACCUGCAGCUCCUCGGGGAAAGAUGGUAACCUAUGUCUACCUGUCCCAAGUCUUCCCAAUGGGAUCUCAGUACCCGGAGUGGUGGAUCACCCAGCUACAGAAGAAAGGAUUUCAAAACACGAACAUUACCUUUCAACCUCAGAAAGACUGUCUUUGAAAAGAGAGAUGGGUUGGUAUAGAGGACGAAGACCAAGAACUGCUUUUACUCAGAACCAGAUUGAAGUAUUGGAAAAUGUCUUUAGAGUGAACUGCUAUCCUGGCAUUGAUAUCCGAGAAGACUUAGCUCAAAAAUUGAAUCUAGAGGAAGACAGAAUUCAGAUUUGGUUCCAAAACCGGCGGGCAAAGCUGAAAAGGUCCCACAGAGAAUCACAGUUUUUAAUGGCGAAAAAAAAAUUUCAACACAAAUCUCCUGGAAUAGAUAAAGGGAAACUAAACUUGUGAAACUGCCUUUCAAAUGCAGAACAUGAAGGAUCAAAGGAAAUACAAGUGUUUAAAAAUGUGAUGUUUUCUUUCUUGCAUUUAGUCUGAGUAUUGUCAUUUUUUCUGAAAAUAUAUUGUAAAGAACUAGGAUUGUAGUGUGAUACAUAUUAUAUGUGGGCACUUUUAAUUACACUAAAGACCUUUCUUAUAUAUUUUAAUAAACACUUUCAGAAAAAAGCAGCUAUUUUUUAAGUAAACAAAGU